GGGGCGCCGCCGGGCCGCCGGCUUCUGUUUUCGUUCUAGUUUUCGUAUUUCUCCGUGGACUACGCGGUGUUAGCGACCUCGUUGUGUUAUGCGUGGCCGCUGUUGACCAAGUUGGCAAAACGCAGGUCACCGGUGCGACGACAUCAUUGGCGUGAGGUCCGGGCAAUUCUUUUGGCACGCCGGAAGACCUCAGGUUGAGAGUGCCCAGCAAUCUCCCCUAGCGCAUCGUCCAUGGGUGUUGGUGACGCUGAAGACGGCAGAGAUGGGGCCAGGAGAGGGAGCCAUGUGUCGAGGCAGCAUGCCAUCGUAUACCAGCCAACAGAUGCCCCGGCAUGCCCGCAGUGUCGCAUGUUGGACGUACCAUUCUUCGACACCGACUGCCCCAACUGUCUCAACAUCCUGCAUAGUGACGACACCACCGUGCCAGAGAUCUUUGCCAUCCUUCGCCAGUGGGUGCCGCGCACCCAGAAGGACAUCAAGGCACUCUGUACUGAGGUUUUGAAACGAGGUGCUCACGUCAACGAUCGUGAUGGCCUGACAGACAUGACGCUCCUGCACUAUGCCUGCAAGUCAGGGGCCACUGGUGUUGGCGACCUGACGAGCUCGACGCAAACUGUGGGCAUUCUCCUGGACUACGGUGCGGACCCCACAUUGCGCUGUCGUUGGACCGACAUGGCCCCGAUUCACUACGCUGCAUACUUUGAUGUUCCUCCUGUGAUCGAAUUGCUUCUAAAGGCAACCAAGAGGUCAGACAUUGACAGCCCCUGCCAGGUGUUUGAUGGCGGCACACCACUCCACAUAGCAGCGGCUACUCUCUGUCUGGGAGCUGCUCAGACCCUCGUGGACUGUGGAGCCAGUCUGACCAGUCUGGACAGCUUGGGGAGAAUCCCCUUCGAAUGCGUUCCGGAGAUGAGGAAGGGUGAAGCGUUGCCCAGCGAGGUCAGCACGGCAUGCAACAUGCGAGACCUGCUGCGCUGCUCGCUGCCCUCUGGGGUCCAUGGCUCUGAUGGCAGCGGCCCACAGCAGGAAUCGGCCUCUUCUCCAUCGACGGGCCGCGUCUUGCUGCAGUCGCUGGGGCUCAAGAUUGGCGACAAAGUCACCGUGGGCGGCUCUAAGGUUGGCACGCUGCGGUAUUGCGGGACCAUCCAUUUUGCCACUGGGAUCUGGGCUGGCGUGGAGCUGUGUAACCCACUUGGGAAGAACGACGGUUCGCUCGGCGGAGUCUCUUACUUCCAGUGCCCUAUGAAUCACGGAAUAUUCGCUCCAAUAACGAAGAUUCAGAAGUAUGAUGGCAGCACUCAGGUCGACACAGUGUCUUCACCUACGAAGCCGAGCCGUCCACCGAAGAGUAUUUCAUACCCAAAGGUGGAUGUGUCCCAUGUAUCCUCAAAAAUUGAGACGGGUCUCUCCAACUUGAGACAGAAGCAGCAUCUGUACGAUCGGAAGAACAACAAGCUCUCCAUCGGAGACUCCGUCGUCGUGGGUCAGAGAAAAGGAGUGGUGCGCUUUCUGGGCGAAACGCAGUUUGCACCAGCACAAUGCGAGCAACCGUCGCCCGAACGCACAGGGUACUGGUGCGGUAUUGAGCUGGCCAAGCCCGAAGGCAAGAACAACGGCUCCGUCAAUGGCAUCACUUAUUUCUCCUGCCCUGCGAACCAUGGCGUCUUCGCUCAGCCUUCCAAGGUCAAAUGGAUACCUCCAGGGACAGAUGAGGAAGCGUCUGACCUGGACUCCUUGGUCGAUCUGAACACAUCCAUCAGCAGAAGCUCCACAGAUGGUGAUUCGGGUGGCAGCCCCGCAUCCCAGAGAUCAACUGGCACCGAUAAGAAACCACCCACAAAGUCCCAGCAUGCUAAAACUGUGCAGACCGUGCUCAAGAAGGGCUGCUGGCUGACAGUGGGGAUGAAUGUGUUUGUCUGCAAUGAGCUGGGCGUUAUCCGGUACAUCGGUCCGGUGCACUUUGAGGAAGGCACCUGGCUCGGGGUGGAACUGCGCGGGCCCACGGGUCGGAACGAUGGCAGCGUCCAGGGAAGGCGCUACUUCACGUGCAAGCCGAAUCACGGCCUCAUCGUGAGGCCCAACAAGGUCACGGUGCGGGGUAUUAACAGUGCCAAGCUGUUUGAAGAGCAGCCGCAUUCUUGAGAAUGGCUUUUAGCUUAUUUU